AUGAAUGACUUGUACCAUAUCGAAAGCAGCUGACUCGAGUCUGUUUUGGGAUUAUAUGGUCCGCGGGUUCGACGCUAUCGAGCCAGUCAGACAACCAUAUUACAGUGAUUCUUACAUUGGCUGCAAUGGUAUCCGGAAUCAAGCUAGCUAAAACAGCGAACGAUGAUGGCGACUAUAGGGAACCGAAUCUCAAAAAGAUAGCAGAAACGACGUUGCAAGCGAUAGAACGUGGCUCUAUCGUCGCAGCCAACAAUGUCUCCCACGAUCUCGCCGCCAAAGUGAACUUUUCAAACCACAAUACCCGCUAUUACGCCCCAGAGUCAUUGCUCUCUACUUGGAAAAAAAAUCUUCCACGCAGAGUCCCCAAUGCUCCAGCUAAAACGACUGAGAUAGCCAUCUUGGAAGUGUCCACCAUCGAUGCAGCUCGCAUUUUCUGCAACACACUAUCUUCGCAGUCGACGAGCUAUGGCAGGAUAGCCGUGCUCAACUUUGCAUCAGCUACACAUCCAGGUGGAGGCUUUUUGAAUGGCGCUCGGGCUCAGGAAGAGUCUAUCGCCCGUGCAUCAACGCUAUACCCAUCUCUUAUGGUGAAGACUGCACAGCAAUUCUACACCCUUCAUGCGGCAGACCGCAAGGGCGGUUUCUAUUUCCAUGCCAUGAUCUUCUCCCCCUCAAUCAUUGUUUUUCGAAACGACGCCGGUGACUGGACAGAACCCUUUGAGAUCGACGUGAUUACUAGUGCUGCGGUGAAUGCGGGGCAAGUGAGAAAGAAUCUUAGCGGUCGCGAGGAUCCUAGGGAUAUCGAGAGAAAGAUAGAGAAAGUAAUGAGGGAGAGGAUGGCUCGCAUUCUUUUCUUAUGUGAGCAACAAGGAGCAGAGAAUCUCGUACUGGGGAGUUUUGGAACUGGAGUGUUUCGGAAUGGUGUUGAUGUUGUGGCAAAGAUAUGGGCGGAUUUGUUGACUGUAGAAGGUGCGCGUUUCAAGGGUUCUUUCCAUCGCAUCAUUUUUGCCAUCCUGGGUACGGAUACCUUUCAAACCUUUAAAGAGAACUUCGAAAGACAUGCUAACAAACUUUGAACUUAUGGGUGUCUGACCUGUUUCUCCAUUAUCAAACAAUAUCAAUAUUCUUAUUUUUCCCUAUCAUGUGAAGCCUUUUUACGAAUGAUAUUGUCUUUUACCAGUC